UGUCUAUAUAUUAAUGAGACGCAGUGAGUGAGUUUGUACACUUCCAGAGCAGGGCAGGGAAGGGAAGGGAGCUCCAUUAUUAAUAUAGCCCUUUCUCUGCUGUCUGUCUUCCCCCGCCCCCACUCACUCCGCAGCUCUACAGCCGGACAUGCAUCUGAUCUGUCCUUGUUUCUACCCAUAGGCGUGUAAACUUCAGCAAUGUCUGAUCUCCAGGCUCCUCUAGUAAGGCCCAAGAGGAAGAAGGUCUGGGUGGACUAUUUCAUUCAGUUCCGAUGGAUCAUUGUCAUUUUUGUUGUGCUCCCCAUCUCAGUCACCCUGUACUUCCUCACAUAUCUGGGGGAUGUCAGAUCAGAGAUGAAAUCCUUCAAGCAGCGCCAGAAGGAACAUGAUGAAAAUGUCAAGAAAGUGGUGAAGCGCCUCAAGGAAAGGAACCCGAAAAGGGAUGGGCUGGUGUGCACAGCCCGCAAGCCUUGGAUUGCUGUUGGAAUGCGUAAUGUUGACUACAAGAGGGCUCGGCAUUUUGAAGUCGAUUUAUCAGCAUUCAGGAAUAUCCUUGAAAUUGACAAGGAGAGGAUGAUAGCGAGAGUGGAGCCACUUGUCAACAUGGGGCAGAUAUCCAGGGUGACAGUGCCAAUGAAUCUUUCCCUUGCUGUGGUUGCUGAGCUUGAUGACCUAACUGUUGGUGGCCUUAUCAAUGGCUAUGGCAUUGAGGGGAGCUCCCACCUGUAUGGGCUCUUCUCAGACACAGUUGUGGCUUAUGAGAUUGUUCUGGCAAAUGGGCAAGUCGUGAGAGCUACUAAGGAUAAUGAGUACUCUGACCUUUUCUAUGCUAUCCCGUGGUCCCAGGGAACUCUGGGGCUUCUUGUCUCUGCAGAGAUCAAGCUCAUACCCGUUAAGGAAUACAUGAAACUCACAUACAAACCCAUCGUAGGCAAUAUCAAAGAUCUUGCUCAGGCAUAUGUGGACUCCUUUGCACCCCGGGAUGGAGACCAGGACAACCCGGAGAAGGUUCCAGAUUUUGUGGAGACCAUGGUUUAUUCGCCGACUCGAGCUGUGUGCAUGACAGGGAGAUAUGCUUCUAAAGAGGAGGCAAAGAGAAAGGGCAAUGUGAUCAAUAAUGUAGGGUGGUGGUUUAAACCCUGGUUCUAUCAGCAUGCAGAGACAGCACUUAAGAAGGGCGAGUUUGUGGAAUACAUUCCCACCAGGGAGUACUACCACAGACACACGAGGUGCUUGUAUUGGGAGGGAAAGCUGAUCCUUCCCUUCGCGGACCAGUGGUGGUUUAGGUUUCUCCUUGGGUGGAUGAUGCCGCCAAAGGUCUCUCUUCUGAAGGCCACUCAGGGAGAAGCCAUAAGGAACUAUUAUCACGAGAUGCAUGUCAUUCAGGAUAUGCUCAUCCCCCUUUACAAGGUUGGAGAUGCGCUCGAGUGGGUGCACCAUGAGAUGGAGGUAUACCCCAUAUGGCUGUGCCCACACCGACUAUACAAGCUGCCCGUGAAAACCAUGGUGUAUCCGGAGCCAGGCUUUGAGGCACACCGCAGACAGGGAGACACACACUAUGCCCAGAUGUACACUGAUGUAGGGGUGUACUAUGCGCCAGGGCCAGUACUCAGAGGGGAGGUGUUUGAUGGAGCUGAGGCAGCGCGUCGCUUGGAGAAUUGGCUGAUAGAGAACCAUGGGUUCCAGCCCCAAUACGCAGUCUCCGAGCUGUCUGAGAAGAAUUUCUGGAGGAUGUUUGAUGCUUCACUGUAUGAGCACUGCAGGAAGAAGUAUGGAGCUGUGGGGACCUUCAUGAGUGUAUACUACAAGUCUAAGAAAGGGCGCAAGACUGAGAAGGAGGUACAAGAGGCUGAGCAAGCCCACCUCGAGUCUGCUUAUGCCGAGGCUGAUUAAUGAGCUUCAAGGGCAAGUGAGAUUGCAAGCAGUAGACAGGUAAUGUUGGUUUGAAUAAAGGGCAGGACCCUUUUUAAGUUUCCUUUUUAUCUGGUGGUAAUAAUUAGUACUAUCGUUGACGUUUUUAUCAACUUUCGAACUUGCUGCUGAUGCUUUAAUUUUGUUGCUCUGGCUCCCCUUGCUUUACUUAGAUGCACCACAUUUGAAUAUCUUACUCUGGAGUUGCUGUUU